AAAAGGGAACAGGUACUGAAACCGAGCAGGGGCAAGUCCGAACAGAGGAGCAGGGAUCCGGCACGCUCAGCUCCAACCACGGAGCUCCCUGCUGCGGGAUGCUGCCGGGACAGAGCCCUGGGGUGAUGUGAGAAGGAGCCCGGAAUGCCGUACCUGGACCGGCAGAACCGUAUCUGCGGCUUCCUGGACAUUGAAGAGAAUGAGACCUGUGGCAAGUUCCUGCGCAGGUAUUUCAUCCUGGACACCCAGGCCAACUGCCUCCUGUGGUACAUGGACAACCCCCAGAACCUGGCUGUCGGCGCGGGAGCUGUCGGCUCCCUGCAGCUCACCUACAUCUCCAAGGUCAGCAUCGCCACCCCGAAACAGAAGCCCAAAACCCCGUUCUGCUUUGUUAUCAACGCCUUAUCCCAGCGCUACUUCCUGCAAGCCAGUGACCAGCAGGACCUGCAGGACUGGGUGGAGGCUCUGAACAGGGCCAGUAAGAUCACGGUGCCAAAGGGUGGUAGCAUCCCAGCGGCCACAGAGAUCAGGAAGCCUCCUGUGGUGCCGCAGGCGCAGGAGAGGAAGCCGCAGGUCGCCUACAAAACUGAGAUCAUCGGGGGGGUGGUGGUCCACACCCCCAUCUCCAUCAACCAGAACGGGGGGGACGCAGGGGACGGCGGUGAUGUGGCCACGCACCCACUGCUGCGGCGCUCGCAGAGCUACGUCCCCCCCUCGGCCACCAAGGCACCGGCAGGGCCCCCCCCGCUCAAGAGUGGCUACUGCGUGAAGCAGGGGAACGUGAGGAAGAGCUGGAAGCGCCGUUACUUCGUUCUGGAUGAGUUUUCCAUCAGUUACUACAAGUGUGAGCAGGACAAGGAGCCCUUGCGUUCCAUUCUCCUGAAGGAUGUUUGCAAGACCCAUGAGUGCCUGGUCAAGUCUGGCGACCUCCUGAUGCGAGACAACCUCUUUGAAAUUAUCACAACCUCCAGGACCUUCUACAUCCAGGCAGACAGCCCUGAGGACAUGCACAGCUGGAUCCGAGCUAUCACAGGGGCAGUCCAGGCGCUGAAAACCCACCCCAGGGAGAUGUCCUUCAUGCGAUCCACAUCCAUGGGGAGACCCGGGGGCUCCUCAUCCCAAUCCCAGCAGAGGCCGGUGGCGGAGGAGAGGAGGGCGCUGUGCCGGGCCCCCGCCAGCUCCUCCUGGCAGCCCUGGACACCGGUGCCGGGGAAGCAGGCGGAGGUGCUCCGGGACUCGCUCUUCACACCGGUCCUCCCGGAGCGCGAUGCCGGAGCCGCGCCGGGCACCCGCGUGCGGCACAAGUCGGAGCCGCAGCAGCUCAAGGAGAAGCCCUUUGCCUUCGACCUGGAUGAUGAAAGCAUCCGGACCUCCGACGUGUGAGCGGGGCC